AUGGGCAGCGCGUCGUCCCCGUCCCCGCCGUCGCGCCGGCGGUGGAGCUGGGGCUCAGCGCUCGCCGGCGCGGCGACGACGGCCGCCGCCACGGCGCUGGUGCUGUGCUGGCCGCGGGACCCUCGGUUCGAGCUCAUCUCCAUCAGCCUGUCCGCGUUCCACUUCCGCGCGCCGGCGGCGCUGGACAUCGGCCUCACCCUCACCGUGCACGCCACCAACCCCAACGUCGUGCCGGUCCGUUACGGGCCCUCCACCGUCUCCAUCCUCUACGGCGGCGCGCACCUCGGCACCGCCCGCCUCGACGCCGGCGAGCAGCCCGCCACCUCCUGCCGCCUGCUCCACCUCCCGGCGCGCCUCGACGGCGUCGAGCUCGCGCACCGCGCCCGCGCCAUCCUCUCCGACGUCGCGUGCCGCCACAUGGAGCUGGACGCGGCCGUCGAGAUCGCCGGCGAGGCCGCGGUGCUGCUCUGGUCACGCCCCUUCUCCGUCCGCAUCGACAGCCACAUCACCGUCGACCCCGUCUUCCUGGAGGUGGUCGAGCAGGAGAACCGCUCGGAGAUGCAGCUCUACCUCGCCUGA